AUGGACCUUGACCAGAGUGAGCCGGAGUUUGCUGUGUCUGUCUUGGCCAUACCAACAGCUCAAACUUUCAGCAGUGUGAAGAAGAAACUCAGAACCUCCGACCAAGAAUGGAUGCAGGGGUUUCUGGACCACGAAGGUCUGGAGAGACUUCUUGAUUGUGUGGAUACGUUUGCUAGCCGGCGAGUGACGGCGUUGGCGGACGCUCUGAUUCUCAUCGAGUGUGUGGAGUGUAUCAAGGCGGUGCUGAACUCCAGGAUUGGAAUGUCUCUUCUUGUGGAGAAGCCUGACUUCAUACGGAGACUUGUGAAAGCUAUGGACACCAACAGUGCUAUGGUAAAGAAACAGGUGGUGGAGCUUCUUAGUGCUCUGUGCAUGUACUCACAAGAAGGAUAUAGGCUGGCUUUAGAUGCACUGGAGACAUUCAAGAACAUGAAGCAAAUGAGAUACCGUUUCUCUUUGAUUAUCAACGAACUGAAAACCUGUGAACUGAUUCCUUACAAGACAGCUCUAAUGGCCUUAAUCAACUGCAUCCUGUAUGCUUGUGAAGACCUGCAUGACAGAAACAGGAUUAGGAAUGAGUUUGUGGGACUGAAUCUGUUGGACCUGAUCCCAAGUUUACGUAAUGACAACGACAAGGAGCUGGAAAUCCAAUGUGAUGUCUUUGAAGACUUCAAACAUGAUGAUGAUGUCGAACUGGCAGAACAACUCUCAGAACAUGUGGACAUCAACGACCACAGGGAGUUGUUUGAUGUGAUUUUCAACAAGGUGUACAACACUCCUCUGUCAGACAAGUUUCUCACAAUUCUGCAGACACUGCUACAGAUAGAUCCUGAAACCACAUUCAGUGACAUUCAGUGGGAUCUCAUGGAGCAUGCAGCGCAGACAGCUGUUAUUCUGGAUGACGAAAGAGCAAAAAAGCUUCAUAGUUCUUACACUAUGGACAAACUCUUGCUAGAGAAACUACGAAAUUCUACAGAAAAUAUCAAUGGCAGCUAUGGACGAAUCUUGUCAUUAACAGAUUCCAGUGUUCAAACAGAAAUUGUCAUGUCUUCCUUCAUAGAGAAACAAGUUUCUGAUGCUGAAGACAAAGCUUUGUUUAAUGCAUUGACUUCUCCUUCUUCUGGAGAGUUAGUUUUCAGAAAUGGAGACAUCGAUCAAAAUGUGAAUAAAACUGUUUCUGCUGUACUUAAGUCAGCUGCCAGUGUACAGGCAUCUUCUCCAACAUUAAGUUAUACCAAUGGUGCUUUCACUUCUCUGCCUUCUUCAGACUCUACUGUGAUAAACAAUGGUGCUAUAAAACAACAACUUCCUCCACCACCUGCCCCACCACUUCCUGUGCUACCAGGCAUGAUACAAGUUAGUGAAGUCCCUCUACCACCUCCAGCACCACCACUGCUAGGAAUGGCAGGACCUCCUCCGCCUCCUGCACCACCACUUUUUGGGAUGACAGGACCUCCUCCGCCUCCUGCACCACCUCUUCCCGGAUUGGGGGGACCUCCUCCGCCACCACCACCUCUACCUGGCAUGGGAGGACCUCCGCCACCACCACCUCUGCCUGGCAUGGGAGGACCUCCGCCCCCACCACCUCUGCCUGGCAUGGGAGGACCUCCGCCACCACCACCUCUGCCUGGCAUGGGAGGACCACCGUCUGCACCAGGACAACCACAGUGGGGUAACCAGUCUUCAUCUCUGCAUCUUAUUUCCAUGCCCACACCAAAGCAUAAAAUGAAGACAUUCAACUGGUCCAAAAUUCCAGCACAGUCCCUGAGCAGAGAAGAUAAUGUAUGGAAAGAAGUCUUGGAGAUGGAGGAUCCAGUGGUGGUGAAAUAUGACACUAUAGAGCAGCUGUUUUGUCAGAAGACAGAAGAAAACACCAAGAAAGAGGAGCCAAUCAAAGCUAAAGUAAACACAGAGGUGAAUCUUCUGGACAUGAAGCGCAGCAUGAACUCCAACAUUUUCCUGAAACAGUUCAAAGGCAGCCAUGAAGAGAUCAUACAGAUGAUCAAGGAAGGAGACACUGCUAAAAUUGGACCUGAGAGACUCAGGGGCUUACAUAAAAUAUUACCAGAUAAAGACGAGAUUGAGAUGAUCAAAAACUAUGAUGGAGAUAGAAGCAAGCUUGGAAAUGCUGAGAAGUUUUAUUCUGUACUCUCUGAAUUACCCGGAUAUCAAAUCAGGAUUGAAGGCAUGCUGUUAAAAGAUGACUUCCGUGUUGCCAUGGACUCGCUGAAACCAAAUGUACAAGUGAUCAUCACAGCUUGCAACAAACUGAUAGACAGCACAUCUUUGAAGGGAUUUCUCAGAUAUGUCUUGCAUGCUGGAAACUUCAUCAAUGCUGGAGGGUAUGCAGGCAAUGCUCUUGGCUUCAAAAUGUCCUCACUGAACAAGCUGAUUGACACACGGGCAAACAAGCCCAGGUUCACACUGUUGCACUAUCUGGUUGAAGAGGCAGAGAAGGAGCAAGAUGAGAUAUUGGAUUUUGCAGACGACUUGUCACAGCCGUUGAUUGAAGCCAGCAGGCUGACAGUAGACAACUUGACAUCAGAGAAUAAACAGAUGGAAGCAAAUAUCAAACGUCUGAAAACGCAGAUCUCUAACAGCGAUAAAGAAAUCAAAGAUUAUUUUGCAGGAUUUAUCAAGGAUGCUGAGAAUGAGAUCAAUGUGGUUCAGGGCAAGCUGUCUGAAAUCAAAGAGUUGACUGCCAAACUGGCAUCACACUUCUGUGAGCCAGACAAUACAUUCAAGCUGGAGGAAUGUUUCAGCACCUUCAACACAUUUUGUCAGAAAAUCAAGCUGUGCCAAAAAGAUAAUGAACAGCGUAAAUUGCAAGAGGAAAGAGCAGAGAAAAGACGCAAAGAUAUGGAAACUAAUAAGGCUAAUAGAGGAAGUAAGUAUAAUAAAGAACCAAAAAGCCCACAAGAAGAAGAUGGUUGUAUCAUAGACAAUUUACUGAAGGACAUCAGAAAAGGUUUCCAACUAAAAAAGACAUCUAUAAUGAAAAAGGACAGUCAUAGAAGCCCCCUUAAGGUCAAGGAGAAAUUGACUUCUGAUGUUACUUCCCCUGAAUCUAAAUUGGCAAAUGGAGAUGAUUCUGAAAAGCCACAGAUCAAUCCAGUGGCUGAAGCAAUGGAAGAAUCUGCAUGCUGA